AUGUCAAAGUACACCCUGAUCAAGCUGCAGCUCGUCGAGCCGCUGCCCGAGUCGCUCGCGUCGCUGUCUGGCCGCAAGGUCUUCCUCGUUGCCGGCACGCUCCGCCCCGAGACCAUGUAUGGCCAGACCAACUGCUGGGUCAAGCCGACCAUGCAGUAUGGUGCCUACGAGGUUGACGCCACCACCAAGGACGUCUUUAUCUGCACCGAGCGCGCUGCGCUCAACCUGGCCUACCAAGACCUGUCCUCCAAGGAGGGCGAGGCCGUCAAGGUUGGCAGCGUCAGCGGCCAGGAUCUCGUCGGUCGCCUUGUUCAGGCGCCCCUGUCAAAGUACGGCCAAGUCUACGUGCUUCCCAUGCUGAGCAUCAAGGAAGACAAGGGCACUGGCAUUGUCACGUCCGUGCCGUCAGACUCCCCCGACGAUUACGCCGCCCUCCGCGAUCUCCGCAACAAGGAGGCCUUCCGCCAAAAGUAUGGCAUCAAGGACGAGAUGGUCCUCCCCUUUGAGCCCGUGCCCAUCAUCCGCACUCCGACCAUGGGCGACCUCGCUGCCGUCAAGGCCUGCGAUGAAUUCAAGGUUGCCUCCCAGAACGACGCCGUGCAGCUCGCUGCCGCCAAGGAGAAGGUCUACCGCGAGGGCUUUUACGAAGGUGUCUUUAUCUUUGGCCCCCACAACGGUGGCAAGGUGCAGGACGUCAAGCCCAUCGUUCGCCAGCAGCUGCUCGACGAGAAGCUCGCCGCUGUCUACUACGAGCCCGAGAACAAGGUCAUGUCCCGCUCUGGCGACGAGUGCAUUGUCGCCAAGGUUGACCAGUGGUACCUCGACUAUGGCAUGCAAUCAUGGAAGGACCAGGUCAAGGUUGCCCUCCGCCAGCUCGAGACGUACAACCCCGACACGCUCAAGCAGUUUGAAAUCACGGUCGACUGGCUCCACGACUGGGCAUGCUCGCGCUCGUACGGCCUCGGCAGCCGCAUCCCAUGGGACCAAACCUACCUGAUUGAGUCGCUUUCCGACUCGACCAUCUACAUGGCAUACUACACUGUCGCACACCUCCUCCAGAACGGCGCUCUCUACGGCGCUGGCGUUAGCCCGCUCGGCAUCACCCCCGAGCAAAUGACCCACGAGGUCUGGGACUACAUUUUUUUUAGCAAGUCGGCCUUCCCCGCCAGCUCUGCCAUUCCCCAGGCAACGCUCGACAAGCUUCGCCACGAAUUCCAGUACUGGUACGGCUUCAACCUGCGCUCGUCUGGCCGCGAUCUCGUCCAAAACCACCUCACCUUCUCGCUCUUCAACCACGUUGCCAUCUGGCCCGACGAGCCCGAGCGCUGGCCCAAGAGCAUUCGCGCCAACGGCCACAUUCUUCUCAACAAUGAGAAGAUGUCCAAGCAGACUGGCAACUUUAUGACCCUCCUCGAGGGCCUUGGCAAGUUCUCUGCCGACGCCAUGCGCAUGACGCUCGCCGACGCUGGCGACACGGCCGACGAUGCCAACUUUUCGGAGCAGACCGCCAACGCCUCCGUCCUUCGCCUCUUCACCCAGUGCGAGUGGAUUCAGGCCACCAUUGCUGCCUUCCCUACCAUGCGCGACGAGGACAUUUCCAGCUCGUUCGCCGAUCGCUAUUUGGACACGGCCAUCAACCGCGCAAUCGCUCUUGCCGACGAAGCCUACGCCAAGAUGAACUUCCGCGAGGCCCUCAUUCUCGGCCACUAUGAGCUCUUUGCUGCUCGCGACUUUUACCGCGAGGUGUCGUCCGCACCCAACCGUCGCGUUCUCGAGCGUUUCCUCGAGGUCUCGUCCAUUCUCAUUGCGCCCAUCUGCCCCCACUACGCCGAGCACGUCUUCUCGCUUCUUGGCCGCAAGACGCUGGCCAUCAACGCCCCUUGGCCUGUGGCUGGCGCCGUCGACGAGCUCACGCUCAAGAUGGCUCGCUACAUUAGCACCACCGCCCACUCGUUCCGUGCGCGCGCCCAGCUUGUUGUCGCUAAGGGCAACAAGGGCAAGGGCCCCGCUGUCGAGCUCAAGAACCUCAACGGCACCAUUUUCUACGCCAAGAGCUACCCUGCCUGGCAGGAGCACGUCAUCAAGACUGUUGCCGGCCUUGUCGACCAAUCGUCCAACAAGACCUUCCCCGCAGACAACAAGGAGAUUAUGGGCCACCUCAAGAUCAAGGAGACGCCUCUGCUUGCCCCGCACACCAAGAAUGUGAUGCCCUUCGUUGCUCAGCUCAAGCUCAACUAUGAGGCUCUCGGCGCGUCCGCCCUCGACCUGACCACCCCCUUCGACGAGCUGCAGCUGCUCAACGACUUUUUGCCCUACCUCCUGCGCUCCUCGGAGGUCCAAAACCUGGCCGUCAAGUCCGCCGACGAGGCCGAUGCCAAGACUCGCGACUCUGUGACUCCCGGCAACCCUGUUGUUAACUUUGCUUGA